AUGUCUUUACUUGGUCCAAUCUCUCCUUUCAUUGGCAAUCUUUCUUUUCUUAGAGUACUCGAUCUCAGGAAUAACAGCUUCCAAGGCCAGAUUCCCCCUCAGCUGGGGAGGCUUUAUCGCCUUAAACUACUUGGUUUGGGUAGAAAUGAAUUGGAAGGUUCCAUUCCAUCCACUUUAGGAGAUUGUAGUUCUUUGCAAAAUCUUUCUCUAGCUUAUAACAAUCUGAUGGGUAGCAUCCCCUCCCAGCUUGGCCUUCUUCUGAAUUUAAAGACCCUUUUAUUAGGGAAGAAUCAAUUGUCAGGUGCAAUCCCGUCUUUUUUAGGAAACAUGUCCUCUUUAAUUGACUUGGAGUUGGGAAAGAACAAAUUUCAUGGUGGUAUUCCUGUUGAAUUGGGUAGGCUUUCCCAACUUAGUGUGCUUUAUCUUCAAGAUAACAACUUGACGGGCACAAUCCCAUCUUUCUUAGGAAACAUGUCCUCUUUAAUUGACUUAGACUUGUUUCAGAACAAACUCCAUGGCAAUAUCCCUAUUGAACUAGGUAUGCUUACUCAGCUCAAAAUAAUUAAUCUUGGGUUCAACAACUUGAUAGGAGAAAUUCCCAUUGCCCUUUUCAACUGCACUCUUCUCCAAAAUUUGACAUUGUCUAACAACCAAUUAACUGGCCACAUUUCUUCAGAGUUUGCCAAACUAUCAAAGUUGCAACAGCUACUAUUGUGGGGAAACCAACUCAGUGGAAAAAUUCCAAUCUCCCUCUCUAAUUGCACUCAACUUCAAAAACUAGAAUUAGCCAUGAACCAAUUCAGUGGCAAUGUGCCCCUAGAGUUUGGUAAUUUGCACCAACUUCGAGAGCUUCAUUUAGCCAGUAAUCAUCUUGUGAGUGGAAGAAAGGAUUUGUCUAUUCUAAUGGCCUUAACUAAUUGCUCAUCUUUGGAUACUCUAGAUUUGUCUCUAAAUAAUCUUGCUGGUGUUUUGCCCUCUUCUCUUGGCCAAUUAUCAAGCCAACUUUCUCUUUUAAAAUUAUUCUCAAACAACAUCGAGGGAAACAUACCAAGCAGCAUUAGCAACCUAACAAUGUUGGCAUACUUAGACUUAUCUUACAAUCUUUUCAAUGGAACUAUUCCAUCUUCACUUGGUCAAUUUUCACAUCUUGAAAGAUUGUAUCUUCAAGGAAACAAUUUACAUGGAAGUAUUCCAAAAUUGUUAGGUCAAGCAAAAAGUCUUGGGAAGUUAGAAUUGAGUGAAAACAUGCUUUCAGGUUUAAUUCCAAAUAGUCUGGGUGAUCUCCCACAAUUAAGACAUCUUUGUCUGCAUCACAAUCAAUUAUCAGGGAGAAUACCUAGUAGUUUAGGGAGAUGCCAAACUUUGGAGUUGAUAGACUUGUCUCACAACAAACUAAGAGGAAAUAUUCCCCCAGAGUUCUUGAGUCUUAAAAAUCUCCAACUUUAUUUCAACAUUUCUAGCAAUUUAUUACAAGGUUCUCUUUUGGAGAUGAGCAAGAUGGCAAUGGUCCAAGCAAUAGAUGUAUUUGUCAACAACUUAUCAGGCGAAAUUCCAAUUGCACUAUCAAGUUGCACAAAUUUACAAUAUUUGAAUCUUUCAUGUAAUUCAUUCAAUGGUACAAUUCCAACAGCAUUAGCAAAUCUCAAAAACCUUGUGGACAUUCAUCUCUCUAGCAAUAAUUUGUCAGGUGUAAUUCCAAUGGCUUUCCAAGAGAUGAAAACACUUCAACAUAUCAAUCUUUCUUCAAAUAGGUUAAUAGGAGAGGUUCCAAAGGGAGGAGCUUUUGCAACACUUAAUCAGUCAGCAAUUGUGGGAAAUCUUGGCCUUUGUGGCACAUGGAUAAAAUUGUCACCAUGCUCCAAAGAUAAAUUUUCAUCUAUCACUAAGAAGGGGAUAAUUCCUAUUGUGGUUGGAAUUACAAUUUUCAUCAUGUCUUUGUUAUUGUUUGCAAUUUCCUAUAGAUGGAGAAAUAGAAAGAUACCCACUCUAAAUGUGUGGCCCCCACAAAUCUCAUUUGAAGAGCUUGUAGGUGCAACUAAUGGAUUCAAUGAAGACAAUCUUAUAGGAAUUGGUACUUUUGGAUCCAUUUACAAAGGGAUCCUAAACAAUGGUACAAAUAUUGCUAUUAAAGUUCUCAAUUUGAAAGAUGAAAAUACUCUCCAAACUUUUAAUAGAGAAUGUAAUGUGCUAAAAAGAGUUAGGCAUCGCAAUGUGACCAAAAUCAUUUCAGUUUGUUCCAACCUUGAUUUUAAAGCAUUGAUUCUUCCAUUCAUGUCAAAUGGAAGUUUGAGGAGAUGGUUAUAUCCUGAAGGAGGAAAUGAAUGCCAAUUAAUUUUGGCUGACCGAUUAAGAAUAGCAAAAGAGAUAGCACAAGGAAUGGAAUAUCUACAUCAUCAUUGCUUUGUUCAAGUCAUUCAUUGUGACUUAAAGCCUGAUAAUGUAUUGCUCGGAGAUGAUAUGACUCCAUAUAUAUUAGACUUUGGCAUUACUAAACUCCUAGUUGGCGCUUCAAUGAACUCCUUGACUUCUACAAAUACACUAAUGGGAUCUACUGGCUAUAUUGCACCAGAGUAUGGAGUGGGUGGAAAGAUUUCAACAAAAGGAGAUGUAUACAGCUAUGGAAUUCUACUUUUAGAGUUUUUAACCAGAAAGAGACCUACAGAUGGCUUAUUUAUAGAAGGAACAAAUCUACCAAAAUGGGUAGAUAUGAACUUUCCAAAUAAUAUCAUAGAAGUUGUGGACACCAACCUACUUAGAGAUGUUAAAGAAUCAGAAUCAUCAAUGAUAUUGUCAUGCCUUACUCAAUUUAUGCAAGUAGGGUUGGCUUGCACAAGGGAGCUACCACAACAACGACCAAAUAUGAUGGAGAUAGUCAAAAGAUUAGAAAAGAUAAGACUGGCAUUUAUUGGUGCACAAUCAUUGCAAUUGCCCAUAGAUAUUUUGCCUUUACUUGAGAGUACAAGUGAUCUAAAAAAUACUAGUUCUGAGAGGGAUGAAAAUUGGUCUACAUCUACAUUUUAG